CAAUCCUUUUAUAUGUGAUGUAAUGAUUAGCAUAUAUAUUGACUGACAAAAAUAAAUGAAUUUAAUUAGGUGUAAACAUUUGUACUUGUACUGUAACACAGUACAUAGUUUUAUACAUUUCCUGAAAGGAAUAAGUAGAUGGUGAAAGCAUUCAAGGGUGAAAGAAAUUACACAUUUAAGACAUAAAAAAAAUAAUGAAACAGCCAUAAAGUAGGAAUUGAAAAAAUGGAUACAGUGUAAAAAAACAUGUGAAAAUUGGGUAAAAAAAUGGGGUAGAAAUAUGCAUGCUGUUAUUGAAAGAGACAAAUCGAUCAGUGAGAAUAGUCAGAAGGAAGAAGUAGAUAAAAAUGAGAAAGAAGAAAAGAAAGAAGUAGUUAAUAGUCAGGAAGAAGUAGUUAAUAAACUGGAAGAAUUAGAUGAUAAUCAGUAUGAGAUUGUGGCUGCAGAGGCAGAGGGAUCAGGAUUCUCUGAACUAGUUGACAAAUCUGCAAGAGAGAUAACAUUCUCUGAGGAAUAUUACACCUCAAAUGCCAACGAUUAUGACAGUUAUGGUGCUGUAAUGACUGGAUUGAAAAACAAUGAUCUGGCAGUAGUCAAACAUGUAUUACGAACAAACAGUUGGUUACCAAAUCACCUGUGUCGGGAAACAUUGUGGAUGCAGAUCUGUAAAUAUUUACAUAAAGCUAAAGGAGAUGUGUACACAGAGUUAGAAGGAGAUCUACUAGGUGACAGAAAAAUUAAAGAUAUUCAGUUACCUUCAUUUGUGGAUUUUGACAAUUUAGUCAGCUACCAUUUAUCUGAGGAUGGAGUUCAACAAUUACAUAAGAUACUGGCAAUCUUACACCAUACUAAUCCAGAUAUUACAUACAGUCCCUUAUUAUAUCCCUUACUUGGCCUAUUUUUACAUUACAUGACUCCUUCAGAUGCCUACAACUGUAUUUAUGGACUACUGACAUCCAAAGAGACUUUUAUCAUACAGACCAAAGUGGCUUAUGAAGCAUCAAAACGGGUUAUGAGGGAUCUCACCAAAAAGUUUGCUAAAUCAGCUUAUGUCCAUUUAGUGCGGAACUGUAACACCAAAGAUAUAGAUACAGUAUUUGAUUCCUGGUUAUGGUGGUUAUUUUCUGGAUUACCAUUUCAUUACCUGAUUCGUGUUGUUGAUUGUUUUUUGUUGGAGGGUGUCAAAGUUUUCUACAGAACAGCUUUAUCAAUACUCAUACUUUUUACAAAAUACUCUGGAAAAAGAACAAGUGUAGCUCCAAGAGAAUGUAAUGCUUUAUCCAGUGUACCUCAGAAUCUUUUACAAUUUUGUCAGGAGAUGCCUUUUAAAGUAGAAAAACUGCUUAAGGUAGGAUUUGGUAUUCGUGGCUUAACAAGAAAGGAAAUCAAGAAGCUACAACUGAAACAUGAAAUGUACUUGAACAGUCGUAAUUUCCUUAAUCAUGAAAUGCAUCGAGUGGCGUCCCAUCAUUCCAUAACUCGUUCGACAAGUGGACCGCUAGCAUUACACAACAUUACAACUAAUAAUUCCAGUGUUAUAACUUCGGAUAUGCCAUGCAGUAAAAUGAGAUCACAUUCUGUUGGAAUUUUGGCUCUCCCUCAAAUUGAUUCAAGAGCCAUGAUGAUGGAAGAUCUUUAUACAAUAUGGACCUGGUUACCUCCACGAUUUGCUGUCUGCCAACCAGAGUUGUUGUAUACAUCAGAAGAACAUGGCACUAGCCUAAUGACAUUGUAUUCCAGAGUUGAAUCAUACCAACCAACACUCAUAUUUAUAAAAACAACUACAGAUGAGGUAUUUGGUGCCUUUUGUUCUAAUUACUGGAGAGACAGACGACAGAGCUCAAGAAGACUCUGCUAUUUUGGGACAGGAGAAACCUUUAUUUUUACAUUGAGUCCAAAGAAGAGAAAGUAUGAGUGGGUGGGACUUCGUGAAGAAGAGAUACCCAACACUGCACACAUGUUCUUAGCUGGAGACAAUAGUGUCUUAACUAUAGGAGGAGGACAUGGUGAAGCAAUCCAGUUAGAUGCUAACUUAGAACAUUGUCGUUCUCAACAUUGUGAUACAUUUGACAAUGAACCCUUGUGUUCUAAUCAAGACUUUACUUGUAAAGUGGUCGAAGUUUACGGAUUUCAUUAGACAGAAGAAACGAGAAGAUUUGGAGAAGUUAUGAUUUUUUUUAAUGUUCAUAUUGUAAAGAUUGAGAAAGUUGCAUGCAACUGGACAGAUAUAUACUUUAAUUCAUUGUAGGUCAAUCAUACAUUGUAUUUUAAACAGAGUUUUUACGAUGUGGCACAAAAACAGGUGUAACACAUUUAUUUUUCAAACUGUAAUGCAGUAUAAAUUAUUGAAUGUAUACCAUAUUGUUUUUAGUUGAAACUGAACAUUUGGUAUGUUUAGAAUUAAGCUUUGGAAUAAAAAUUUGAUUAACCAAUUCUAAAAAUGUUCAUUAACGUUACGGUGAUUUCAGUGAACGGGUAAUAAGAGAUCGACUGAUUCAGAACAAUGUUAUGUAGAAACUAUUUACAUUUCUUCACUAUAAGAAUAAGAAUAAGAAUAAGAAGCUGCUGAACCAAUCCAGCGGUAUUUUAUUUUAUUUUAUUUUAUUUCUUCACUAUGUUUAUUAUGUUAUUUUGUUGAUUUAUUCUGUUAUAAAACAAUUUUUCAUUCCAUUUUCAUUGCUGUUAUAUUUGAAUUUAUCUUAUGAUUUUUAUUCAAAAGAGUAGAAAUUAAGGAAAAAGUUAUUUUAAAAAUGGCAGAGUUUUAUGUUUCAUUCAAAUCAGUUUUCAGUGUUUUUAUAAAAUACAAGAACUACCCCAGUAUGAUAUCAUGAAUUUAGCAAUAUGGUUUUUAUAUUUUUAAAUGAUAUUUAAUUGAAAAUGAUAUCUGACACUGCUUAAAUUUUCGAAAAAGAUAUUUUAAUCACAGAUCAUCAAUGAUUUUUUUUUUUUUUUUUUUUUUAAGUCAGUAAUAAUGGGAAAUACCUGUAUAGUAUUCUAUUUGAUAAGAGUCGAAAUUAAAAAUCAUUUACAGUAACUUUAUGUUGUUGGAUUUGAAAGCUGAUAUUUAUUAUUAUUUAAAAGGAGUAGUGUUUUACUUGAUAGAAUGUGAUCAUGAAGUUAUUUGCAGCAUAACAAUCAAUUGCACUGAAUUUUUAAUUCUAUCAAAGUUUGUAAGCAUACUUCUAGUAAUUUGUAAAAAAAAAAAACAAUUCCUCAGUAUAUGAAAUAACUUUGGUAAAUAUGAAGGGGUAGGUUCAGUGAAUAUCAGUUUUAUUCCAAACAUUACAUUUAGCUCUUUAUAUGUUAGUAACUUUAUUAUAUCAGGUUGUCAUCAGAUUGUAGUAAGAUCUAUAUGUGAAGAAAUGACAUUAUUAAAUUAAGAUAUGGAAGUCUUCAUAACAAACAGAUUUAUAACUAUUUAACUUUUCCAAAUGGAAUAUUUAUGCUUUAAGAUUUUAUGUAAACAUUGUUGAAUUUUGUGUAGUUUUGUUUUACAUAUUAAUUGUAUUUAAAUAUGCAUACUGCUUUUGUGUACUUCCAAUGCAAACUAUUGAAAAAUUCAUAAAAAAAAUGAUUAUACAUACAUUGUUUAAGCUUGAAUGCCAUUUAAGAUUAAAAGAUUAAUAAAUAUGUCAUUUGUAAUAAUAAAUUUGAUGAUAAUUUUCUUGUCGGUUUACCAUUUGGUUAUAAAUGUGAUUUAAAUCAGAUAACAAAGUUAGAGUUUAGCUAACAUUAUUUGAAAUAUGUUUCAUGCUUUGUCAUGUCAAAUAGAUUGAUGACAAUUUCUACAGCUUAUGUUAAAGAAAAAAAAAUGUGUUUAAGGGCUUAUUUGCCCCUUAAAAAUCACCCAAAAAAUAAAAUUGUAUGAUAGCAUUAUCAAUCACAAUUUAAACUUGAGAUUAAAAGCUUUAAGAACAUGUUAGUAAUGACGUAAGUAAGGACAUAAUCUGAUAGUGACAUCAUCAGGAAGAUUUAUCAGUCCUUUAGCAAAACUAAACAUAUUUCAGGAAUAUUUUGGCUAAAGUAACAGAGAUCAUGUAAUGUCCCAAAGAAUUUUUUGCCAGGAAAAGAUAAACUCAAAACAAACUUCCAGUCUUUAACAUGUUUUUGGGUUGGGUUAGUGAUCUUUAAUAUUUCUUAACAUGUACAAGUUGAACAAAUUAUGUGUAAUUUUGCCAUUACGAAAUUAAUUGUCAUUUCAUGGCUGUGUUAAACGAAUGAAAAGGAAUAAUUUCAAACCAAAAAUGGCUAGUUUUAUAACAUGUAAAAAUAAUCUUUAGACACCUUGCUUUAUACAAAGCCAACCUGCUGAGCAGGACUUAUGUGCCAGCUCACAAGGUAACCUGAAGGUAUGACACCCUACUGGAACAAGUUUUAUUUAACUUUGAGCUGACCAGUUUUUGCUCUUUCUCCUAAAUGCAGAGUGCUUAGCAGAGAAGAUGCAAAAUUUAUAUAUAAUCUUGUGUAUGGAGAUUUUUUUUUAUAAAUGAACAGAUUAAUAAAGAUGCAGACAGAAAGUCAUUAUGUACCUAUCAUAUCAGUAGUUUUUUGUUAGUUUUAUAAACAUAAUAUACAAAAAAUGUAUUUGUAAAUUUGUAAUAUAGUGAUUGUCAUUGUAACCUUGUAUUCAAUUUUGGAUUUCAAAUAAACUCAAAAAGCUAGGUUGAUGUUAAGGGACUGUUGAAUAUUUUUAGGAAAUAUAUGUAUAUUAUAUACUCAGUAGUCAUGCAUCUCUAGUAACAUUACACAAUGUGUGAAUACCCAAACCAUAACAACUAUGUAGUGAUUGAAACAUGAUAUGCAUUGUGUUUAAUCUGUCCAGAAAACAAACGUAACUUUAGGAACAUGCCAAAUUUAUAGUAUUUUCUCAAUACUAUUGAGAUAGAUAACACAAAACAUUAACACAUAUUGGAACAGUUAAUGAUUUUAUAUUUAUUUUUCUAGUUUACUUUUAUAUUUCAGACUUUCUAUUUAUUUGAUGGUCUUUUGUUUUAGAAAAUUAAAUUAAAAUAUUCAUUCUUGUAAGAAACAGUAUCAUAAACAGAUUUAUCUCAAUUUUAUAAUUUAAAUAUUUUUCGGUAACUGAAAUUUUAAACUUGGGUAAGCACUAUUUUCACAUUUUAAUUUUUCAGAGGACAUAAAAUUAUAUUUUAAUUUGCCAAAAAUAGAGAUUAAUAUAACUCCUAAACAAAGGCUAAUCUAUCAGUAACUAGAGAAAAUGAUAGUAGUUCAAAUGUGUAAAUAGAUGAUAGUUGUUUAAAUAUAAUUAGAAAUUACUCAGAUGCCAUAUAUUUUUUCUCGUAAUCACAGGAUUCAAACCAUAGUAGAUGAUCAUUAUAUGUGCAAUAAGAUAUUGUUUUGCAUCAUGUAUAUUUAUAGAAAACACUUGUGGUGUAUUCAAAGAAUAAAUUCUCAGAAGAAUUGA